ACCAAACGCAGCAGUGUGUCUCUAGCCUAGAUCGGCUAAAUGUGCCGAGAUGAUUUGUUGUCUCAAUCUGACGCGGGAUGUCCCUCUGCUGUCCUCCAGGUGGUGGACAACCCCCCCAACUACAUCCUGUUCCUCAACAACCUGCCUGAAGAGACCAAUGAGAUGAUGCUCUCCAUGCUCUUCAACCAGUUUCCCGGGUUCAAAGAGGUGCGACUCGUCCCGGGUAAACACGACAUCUCCUUCGUGGAGUUUGAGAGCGAGACGCAGGCGGGCGUGGCCAAAGACGCGCUGCAGGGCUUCCGGAUCACCGCCACCUGCGCCAUGAAGAUCACCUACGCCAAGAAGUAGUCCCCCAGCUGGGACGCACAGAGACUCUGGGUGGGGGGGUGGGGGGGGGACAUGGUCCCGGGAUCACCGCUGUGGUCCCACAUUGAUUUUUGUAAAUCAGAGAGUUUUUUUUUCAUUUCUUUCCUUCAUUUUUUUU